UUUGCUAAGACGUCCCCGUGGCUUUGCAGACGAUCCUGUGAACAUUUGCGAUUUUUAGUCAGCAAUGGCUUUUUUUCGUGAAUUUUGCAGACGUUUCUGUGAAUGUUUAACGGCUCUUGUCUUACAAACUACCUUAGUGCAUGCGUUAGUGGCAGUAUAGCAGUUUGCUAAGACGUCCCGUGGCUUUGCAGACGAUCCUGUGAACAUUUGCGAUUUUUAGUCAGCAAUGGCUUUUUUUCGUGAAUUUUGCAGACGUUUCUGUGAAUGUUUAACGGCUUGGCUUGUCUUACAAACUAGACAGGCACACUGAUAGCCUCAUCCUCAGACUCAGGCUAUGUGGAGCGGUUAUUUUUUUCCCAGCGAUGUUAAUAAUUAACUAUAAUCCGCGUGGGAACUCGUGUCAUGUGACAUAGACAUCAUUUUAGGUGAUUAUAUGAAAACUUGUCGUUGGGUACUCUUGAGCGGUUGAAACUAUCAAAGUCAUUGUUGUAUCUCCGCCAAAAUUCAUCAGCACACCACCCCAGCAGGUUAACGCUUGCGAUAAACUGACGCUCGAUUGCCAAGCGACAGGGGACCCCCCUGCGGUAAUAACGUGGAGUAAAGAGAGCGGACGGCUACCAAAAGACAGGACUCAGUUGAUCAACGGAAGAUUGACGAUAAUUAGAAUGAAGACUUCUGACGCCGGCAAAUACACUUGUACAGCGGUUAGUGCUGGCGUGGCAACGUCGAAGAGUGUUACCAGGGUAACUAUAAAAGAAAUGAGAAUUGUCAAGUUUACCCGUGAAUCAGUCACCGACUACAUUGUGGUAAAAAGAAAACUGCCUGCAAUGGCGAGACUCACUGUUUGUCUUUGGAUGAUGACGUCAAAAAGUAGCUCAAUGAGAACCAUGAUAAGCUACGCUGUACCAGCGAACUACAAUGAAAUGAUUCUUUAUAACCAUCACAAGACAUUAUAUGUACACGUCGUUGGAAGUGGAUGGAAUUCACGAGUUCUCGUCGUGGACGGUCAGUGGCACCACAUAUGCGCAACAUGGGACAAUUCCGCUGGCCAAACGGUUAUCUACAAAGAUGGCGUUCGACGUGCUCAAGGGAGCUUGAAGAAAGGUCCCGUGAUUAAAAGUGGAGGUUCUCUGAUAAUCGGGCAAGAUCAGGACAAAGUGGGCGGAGGCUUCCAAAAAUAUCAGUCUUUUGUUGGUGAGCUGACCGGGAUUAAUAUCUGGAACAGAGUACUGGGACUGAACGAAAUCUCUGCUAUGUCGAAAAAUCGUGAAAUUCCUGCAUCCGGAAAUGUCUUGACGUGGAAUGACGUCAUAUCCGGUACUAAAUAUGGCCAAGUGCAGAUCAUCGAUUCAUGCAAAAAGUGAAACUGGUUGACAUCCAUCAAAAACGACAAAGAUAAAACUCAGAGUAGAUUUACUAACGUUUAUCGUCAUAAACUUCAAUUAUUUGCUAUAAAUUUUGGAUGUAGAUUGAGUGUUUGCUGCAUUUCAUUCAAAACUGUAAUUGGAAAACAAGGUUAAAAGUAAAUUAAAGGCAGUCUCCAUCAAACUAAAA